AUGGCGAAGAUUCUGUUUCGAUCGGUAUUAACAGAAAACAGUUUCAUCCUAGAUAAAAUGAGAAAAGUAAGAAAAUGUGGUCGAUUGAUUCAUUUGAAAAAUGGUUCAGAGAAAGACAUCAAAGUUUCUGAAGAUGGUGGUUCAAGAUCGUGUAGUCUAAUCAAUUAUUCCAUGAAACCUUGUGUCAUGGCACAUUAUCAUCUUCGCAUCUUUUUCAUAUUCACAUUGGGUGAUUACAUACGUCGACUUGGUUUAAAUGGUCAUCAUACUAUAAUUUAUCCAUGUACAUCUGAGACGAUUCUUUUUUAUGACCUUUUAUACGAUUUAAACUGGUUGAUGAAAAGUAUGGAUGUUAAAUUUUCGUCAUUUCGUACAUUGAUUCUUACUGCAAUCAAUAAGAUGAAACAACAAGAAUUGAUUGUUAAUUCCAAUGGCGACAUAUCUGUUUAUGAUAUAAAACAAAUUCUUCGACGAAUGAAAGACGAAAUUGUAAAGACUACGAUUGAAUUAAAGCGAAACCAAUCGAUAUCCGAAGUAGAUAAACUAGUUUUAGGUCAGUGCGACAAAGUUUUGUGA